CUUCUUCUCCAUAACUAUUAUAUAGGUUGGGUGAAGUCGUUCCCUUGAAGCUUUCCUUCUUCUAACGCCAGUUCAGCUCCCCACAUCCUCCUUUUUCCUACCAGUUAUUUCGCUGAGAGUCAGGAUUUUUUUUGCUGUCUUUCUGAUUAAUUUCCUUGGUCAAUAGAAGAUUGGCUUUCUCUGGCUGCGGGAGACACACACUGAGUUGUGCUGAGGCAUCCCCAUUCACUGCACUGCUGAGGGAGCGAAGACAUACUCCACUUCAACUCCAUAACAAAGAGGUUGCCGCUUCCCCGCACAAUGAUUGUCAGCACUCAACAAAAUCUCGGGACGGAGCUGGGCAUGGGUUCUUCUGAUGCCUCACCCCGUAACUGGCGUGGCAUUGGACUGGCAAUGUUGGUGAUAUCUGUGGUAAUGUCACUUGUCCUGUUAGCGAUAUUCCUGCUCUCUCCAGAUAUUUCAAGACAGCCUGAAAAGUUAUACUUGACAUUAUCUGACCUUGAGAAUCCAGACUACCAUGUCCACGUACCCAACUUGUUCUGGGCAAGUGAUUCAGAAAUAAUUCAAGAAACUAGAGAUGGUAAUUUAGUUAGAGAGAAUUUAGAAACAAAAAAAACCACCAUCCUACUGAGUAAUAUCACCUAUUGUUCUUUUAUUUUGGAAGAUGUCUCUGCAGAUGACCAGCUCAAAGCUAUCCCCAGAUCUACAGCAUUUACUCCUGGUUUUAGAAAGCCAAAAGAUUACAGGAGUGUCCUACAUUGCAUCAUAUACUAUAUACAAUCUCAGGAGCAGGUAAGAUUAUGCAGGAAACUAUGGAAUAUCAACCCACCUGGAAAAAAUAAUACAGAUCUGCAAUAUGCCGACUGGGGACCACAUGGGAGCCAACUGGUGUUCAUCUAUGAAAAUGAUAUAUAUUAUCAAGAGGUGGCUUCUGGUCCAGCACUUCGGCUUACUUCAACUGGAGAUCCAGAAAGAGUGCUCAAUGGGAUCUCUGACUGGACGUACCAAGAGGAAGUACUUCAUAGCUAUGCUGCUCACUGGUGGUCUCCAGAUGGGACAAGACUUGCCUAUCUGACUAUCAACAACACUCUUGUACCUAAGAUGGAGCUGCCAUACUUUGUUGGGGCUGAUUACUCAAUAUGUGCACGCUAUGCCUAUCCUAAGGCUGGACAACCGAUUCCUGAAGUGAAGGUCUUUGUUGUCAAUCUGCACGGCCCAUCACACACCAUGGAGAUCAUUCGUCCUGAUGCGUUUGAGUACAGGGAGUUCUAUAUCACCCUGGUAAUGUGGGUAACUAACAUUCAACUUGCCGUGCAAUGGCUGAACCGCCCACAAAAUCUGUCACUUCUCACCAUUUGUGAUGCAACUACUGGUUCCUGUGUGGAGAAGUACAGAACGUCCUCGGAUGUGUGGACAAGCAUUCAGGCUGCCCCUGUGUUUUCUGUAGAUUUUACUUUCCUCCUGGUGCCAGUGAAGCAAGGAGGACAAGGGGAGUAUGUCCAUAUUGCCAUGUUUUCCACACAGCUGGGGGGAAAAGAAAACUCUUUACAAAUGUUGACUUCUGGGGAAUGGGAUGUCACGAGGAUUGUGGCCUACAAUACAGACAACAAAACAGUUUAUUUCCUGAGCACUGAAGACAAACCCAGAACAAGACACCUUUACAGCGUGGAAACAUCAGGUUCUCUUAACCACACAUGUUUGACUUGUGACCUAAUCCCAGGCUGCCAUUUUGUGGAUGUGGAAUUUAGUCCUGGAAGCAACUUCUUCAUCCUGUUCUGUAAAGGUCCUGGAGUUCCUCAGGUAUCUGUGCACCAAACCCACAACCCAAAAGAUUUUCAGAUGCUGGAGGACAACCAAGUACUGAAAACGUCUCUUUCUGAGAAGGACAUGCCGGAGAUCUUAUACAGGUCUAUCCAUAUUGAUAACUAUGAUCUUCCUGUCCGCCUGACUCUUCCAUCAGGAUAUGAAGAUUCUGAGUACCCUUUGGUUCUAUGGCUACCCGAAACUCCAGGUUCACAGCAGGUCACAGAGGAGUUCUCGCUUGGAUGGGAGUCAGCGCUUGUCAGCUCAUUCCAUAUAAUUGUGGCCCAUUUUGAUGGCCGGGGAUCCAAAAAUCAAGGACUGAAUUUGCUUCAUGAAACUGACCGGAAACUUGGCUCUGUUGAUGCAAAAGAUUACAUCCCUGUGGUGCAGCAAUUGAAGAAGUUGCCAUUUGUUGACCAAAAUCGCAUUGGAGUAUAUGGAAAGGCUUAUGGUGGGUUUUUGGCUCUCAAGCUGCUAUCACUGCCUGAAGAGCUGUUUGCUUGUGGUGUAGCAGUUGCACCUAUAACAAGUUUCCACCUAUACUCGGCAGUACUUUCAGAGCGUUACCUGGGGAUGCCAUCACAAGAAGGUUCAGCUUACAUGGUGGCCUCUGUAUUGAAUAACAUUCACAGGCUACGGGACCAGCGAUUUCUACUGGUCCAUGGCACUGCAGAUGCCAAAGUGCACUUCCAGCAUACAGCUGAACUCCUGAACCGUCUGAUCCAGGCUGGAUCCAAUGUCACUAGCAGGAUUUAUCCUGAUGAAGACCAUUUCUUCCUGUCGAAGAGCAGCCAACAGCACCUGAACCUGUCACUUGUGUCCUAUCUGCAGAGCUGCCUUCAGAGCGGAGGAAUCGGAGACCAGUGAGUGCCGACUCGGUGACACUCACAUAGAGCACAACAUGGGGAUGGUCUACAAGAAGCCAGAAUGAACAUUGAUAGAUGUCUCUGCGGAGAACCUUGGAGGCCAAAAUCAUCUCAGAAUUUAAGAAUGAACUUGUGACCAUAUCAACUCUCAGACUCAUCUUGGUUGAAGCAUUUUUGAAGAUAGAGACUAUAAAGUAAUUACAUAAUAAAUAUCAUCACUUCUACCUAAAGCUGGCCAUACACACAAGAUAGACUUUUGACCUACAGAUAUCUUCCAGAAACAUGUAGCUCAUGCAACUCAGCUCAUCCCAGCAUGCUUGUUUAUUUCAACAGGAACGGGGAGGCAAUUCUUGCAGUGACUUAUUUAAAAAAAAAAAAAAAAAAUCUUACAUGGCGAAUCCUCUUUUAACCCCAACAUUUGGCUUUAGGAGGCUUCUGUAAGCAUUAGUUGGAAGAAUCCACCAUACAUUGUUACCUAUGGGUGGCAUUACACUAUCUUGGGUACAAAACUUUGCAAAGGUUGUUACGGUAGCUGAAUUAAACUGUUGUGCUCUUCUCUAAAUCUAGAGGGCAGCAAAGCGCCACUCCGUAUGUAUGCAUCUUGAAUGGGAAUUUAUUCUAUUUGUGGAUAUCUAAUGAAGUGUUUUUCUUCUUUUAGAUAUAUAUAUUUUGUGCAUGUAAAGCAAGCUGUUUAUUACCUGUACAUUUGUUUUGCACUGGAAAAACUGUAAUAAACUAAAGCCAUACCUUGUACAAAGUCCUAUAGCCUGUUG